UUAAUAUAUUUGCAUAAUUCUUAAAAUUAUCCAUACACAACUUUAUUUAUCUUGCAAUUCAAUGUACUGUGGUCAAGUUACUUUAAUGAAUUAGCACUUGGUUUUCAGUGCGGAGCAGCUCCAGGAGCGGUAGGACGCCGCAAACAGAGGUGUUGGGGGAAACGUAAAGAUGUACACAGUAGCUUGAACACCUAUUACUUGUAUAUCUGAUCAGAUGUCUGUGCUGAGCUACAUUUCCUGAAUAUCAUUCCAGAGAUGUCUACGAACGAAGCUGAGGCACGCCAGUGCCUGCUAAAAGCUGUCAAAAAGGAGGUGAAACAAAUAAUGGAAGAAUCUGUGACUCGCAAAUUCGUGCAUGAAGAAAGUAGCAGCAUUAUCUCAUUGUGUGGUGCUGUAGAAGCUUGCUUAUUGCACGGAUUGAAAAAGCGAGCACUUGGACUGUUUAAACAUGGUACAACCACAGCUUUGCUACAGAAAAUUGCUAAGAACUUUGAGCCUGCUGCCCAAGUGGCCAAGCUGGUUGCAGAGGCUGAAGCAAGUAGCUCAGCUGAUAAUGUGUCAAAAAAAUCUCAAGACAGUGCCAAAAAUCAGGCCAAAAAGUGUACCAGUUCUAGCAGUAGCAAAUACCUUUGGCUGCGUAUUGCAAUAUUUGAAAAGUAUCUAGCCAAGAUUCUUGACUAUCUUGUUCAGAACAGCAGCAAAUAUUAUGAAUGUGAAGCACUGAUAGCUGAUCCUGUGGAUGGACCUAUAUUUGCUUCUCUGCUAGUUGGUCCUUGUGCGCUGGACUAUACAAAAAUGAAGACUGCGGAUCAUUUCUGGACUGACCCGCCAGCUGAUGAGCUAGUCCAGCGGCAUCGCAUCCACUCAAGUGGAAAGCAUGCUUUCACCAACCCAGGUUCCCCCAAACGCCCAGGUUUGCAGAUAAGAAGAGACACAAGUUCUGGUGGCAGCGAGGAAACCAGUCCCAAAUCUUUUCACAUGUCAGCCAGAGAGUAUGUGGAGUCUCUUCACCAGAACUCUAAACUGACGCUACUGUAUGGAAAAAACAAUGUCUUAGUGCAGCCUCAACGAAAAUCGAGUUUGCCAGUGCUUCGCCACAACACUGUGCAACUCCGAAGAGAGGACACAGAAGCACUUCCUGGAUACCUGUCUUUGCACCAAAGUGCAGAGGGCCUCAUCAUCAUGUGGACACCAAAUCAGCUCAUGAAUGGGUGUUGUGAGCAGGUCACCGAGGACACAGACCGCAGAUUUCUGCACAAAAAAGUCAUCUACUGGGAUUUUGCCAUGACUGUAUAUGUAGACGAAAUUGUAUACAUACACUGUCAUCAGCAGCCUGAUUGUCGUGGAACAGUGGUUCUUGUGGGACAGGAUGGCGUUCAGCGGCCUCCCAUUCACUUUCCCAAAGGAGGCCACUUAUUGUCAUUCUUGUCCUGUCUGGAGAAUGGUCUGCUUCCCAAUGGACAACUUGACCCUCCACUUUGGUCACAACGAGGAAAAGGCAAAGUUUUUCCAAAACUGCGGCGUAAAGCAAAUAGUAAUUCCAGUAGUGGCAGCACCAGCAGUGGCAGCACUACAAGCAUGGAGGAUGAAGAAGCCACUGAUUAUGUCUUUCGAAUUAUCAGUACCUUCAAGCCUGAUGCAAUCACCCCGGAGAUGAUGGACCCCAAGGUCAAAAUGUCAGGGGAUCCAGUAUCAUCCACAACUACUCGUCGUGCUCCCCUUCCCCGCAGUCCUUUGGCAGCACCAUCAUCCAUGCAAUCUUAUGCCCGGACCCAGGAGGAACAGAACCACUCUUGUCUCAGCCAGGCGGGAUCAAGCCAUAGGUAUUCUCACCUAGCGCAUAUUAAGCAACUGUGUGACACAAUGACAAAGCAGAUCAUCUCAAGAGCAUUCUAUGGAUGGUUAGCACACUGUCGACAUCUGAAGACUGUUCGCACACACCUCUCAGGACUUGUUUACCACACGAUUGUUGCCAUCGACGACCCAAUGUUCGCAGGCGAUGGACUCACACCAGAAAAAUGGGCAGAGAUCUGUGUAAACGGUGUGGUCAGCAACUCAGGAGAGGUGUAUCGUCUUGUCUACUAUGGGGGAAUUUCACAUGAUCUUCGAAAAGAGGUUUGGCCAUACCUGCUGGGUCACUACAAGUUUGGCAGCUCCCAGCAGGAAAGGAAGACUCUGGAUGAAUCAAUGCACACAGAGUAUGAACGCAUCAUGUCUGAAUGGCUGGCUGUGGAAGCCAUCAUUCGUCAACGUGACAAAGAAGUCAUUGCUGCUAACCUAGCCAAGCUUUCACAGGUAAUACGUCUGGAAAGUACUGAUGGUCAUAUCCCAUUGGUACGAAAAGAUUCCAGCCUAAGCAACGAGGUGUUUGAAUCUUUUGAAUCUGAAGACUUCUCCCACCCAGAGACAGUUCAGGAAGAGAGCUCCACAGCUCUGACCACACCCUCUGAAGAACGCAAAACCAGCAUGGAGCUGGGGCUGGCUGUGAUGAAAAGUGAGAAAGUUGCACAGGUGGAUGCCUCCACAUCUACCAUGUCCUCUCCUAGGCUUUUUAAAGUUUCCCUACAGGAUAGUCCCGAUGAUGGGUUAGGAGACUCCAUUGCCCGUGGUGGUUCGCUGACAGACCGUUCUAAAUUAGAUUCCACAGAAGACACAGAUGCUGCUGAUGGUCUCAGAUCCGAAAGUGGUGAUGGGCCAACAGAGAAAUUAGCUGUGGUGACAAAGUUGUCCGUGGACAGUGCUGUUAUGGAUGAUGCUGCAUCCACAACUUCCCCAGGACCCAUCACAUCAGUGGUUAUGCAGGACUUCGAUGACCAGCCAGCGAUGAAAGAAGAUGCUGACAUGGAAAGCAGGUCGGGCCUUGUGGAAGGGGUUACAAGGCAGACUGAUGCUUUGAAGGUGGAGGGAGCAGGUGUGAACUGCGAUGUUGAGCACGAGUCUCUUGAAAGCAUGCGACACCUGUCAGCAUCCAAAGAGAGCCUCAUGUCACCAGCCUCGCCAGCAUCUAAUGGUGGUAUCUACUCGGCCGAACUGCUGGACAGUGUGGCUCUCAAUCUUCAUCGCAUUGACAAGGAUGUACAGCGCUGUGAUCGCCAUUACUGGUACUUCAGUGAAGAGAAUCUCGAGAAGUUGCGGAACAUCAUGUGCACAUAUGUGUGGCAGCACCUUGAGGUUGGCUAUGUGCAAGGAAUGUGUGACAUAGUGGCUCCCCUGCUUGUUAUACUGGAUGAUGAAGCCUUAACUUAUAGUUGUUUCUGUGAACUGAUGCGUCGAAUGUCGAGCAAUUUUCCACAUGGUGGAGCCAUGGACGCUCACUUUGCCAACAUGCGUUCUCUUAUACAGAUCCUGGAUGCAGAGUUGUUUGAACACAUGCACCAACAUGGGGAUUAUACUCACUUCUAUUUUUGCUAUAGGUGGUUCCUGCUGGACUUCAAACGAGAACUCCUGUACCCAGAUGUUUUCUCCGUUUGGGAGACAAUUUGGGCAGCCAAGCAUAUCAGCUCAGGCCACUUUGUCCUGUUUAUUGCUCUGGCACUUGUGGAGUACUACCGUGACAUUAUUUUGGACAACAACAUGGACUUCACAGAUAUAAUCAAGUUUUUCAAUGAAAUGGCCGAACAUCACAAUGCCAAGCAAGUGUUGGAUAUCUCAAGAGAGCUUGUAUUGAGGUUACAGACGCUUAUUGACAAUAAGUAAAUCUGUCUCGGCUAGCCAGGGACUAAAAAGUCCCUCUCUUUCUUGCUGCUUGGGAACACCACUUAUAUAAUGGGCAUUGCCUUGUAUAUUGGGAAAUUGUGAGUGCCACUGCAAUAUUCAUGGUCCAGUCACAUCAAUGCUGAACUGAAAACGUUUACAACAUGCUGAACUAUCUUCAAGACGUGGAACUGACUAAGAACUAGGGCAUCAGCAUGCAAGAGUAUUCAGUUAUAUAUAGCAUUACUAGUCCCUUUGGCAUUAAGUUCAAAGAGUGUUUAAUAUAUAUAAUACAUCUAACAUUACAGGUCAUAGUGGUGUGGACAUUCCAUUUUUUUCUGUUAUUCAUGAAUGAAUGUGGCUGGUUUGUUAUAAUAGCUUCUAGACUGGUGAUGCACCCUUAUGUUAAAGUCUGUCAGUUGACAGAAUUUUUGCAAAAUGACAGGCUGUGCUUAAUUUCCUCAUUCCAUAUUAAAUAGGAUGUGAUAAAAUAUAAGUAUACUUGAAUUUUAAAAUUUGAUAUGACUAUACAUACAGAACAGUGUUUCAUGUUCAUAUGUUAUUUUUCAUGUCUUGAGAGAAUAUGCUAAACCAUAGACAGUUAAAUUAAAAACUGUGUGUUCAGCACUUAUAGACCAAACUCAUUUCUACCUCAUUUUUGGACAUUCCCUCAGAUAUUAAUUUUUAUCUUGAUUUUAUAUUGCAAAUUUUUUUUAGAGGAUCUUUAUACCACAUCCUACAAGUCACAUUCUAAAUAUAAACAGCAGAAAUAGGAACAUCAUUUCAGCAUUAGUGAUGAGUGUAUUUGGUGAAAUAAUUGUGAGGUGUCAUUUGUCUUGUACAAUACAGUUAUCAACUUUCUAGUUACAAGUUGCUUAACUGCGAAAAGACCCCACUUGUGUGUUCUAACAUUGCAGUGUGUGUAUGGUUAAAAAAAAAAAACCUUGCAAUCCAUGAUCAUCAUGUUGACAUAUUCUCUAGGCCAUUCAUUGUAAAUACAAAUAUUGUCAGUUGUUUCUUGUAUAAUCUCUCCACAUCACUAUAUACAAAUCUUGUGUAAUUAUUAUUUUUGUUGGGUUGUUGGGGUUUGUUUUUGGUUUUUUUUUUGGGGGGGGGGGAUGGGGGGGGUUGGUUGGAGAUUGAAUGCUGAAAUUUAAAAUAUUUUAUAAAAUACUAACUCUUCAUAAUUUAAUUGCUGUUUGUGGUAAACAGGGUAGGUUCUAAAUAGUUGUUUUUAAAAUCUAUACCUCUGUAAAUUUAUCGUAUCAUUAACUCUACAGUUCCUGUGUUUUUUGCUCAGCUGUGGAGUAGACUAAUUUUUCAAUUGUGUAUGUUCAAGUAAACUUUCUAGAACUAAAAUGCCAAAAACAAAGUUUUAAUUUGUUUUAAUUAACGCAUUCAACUUCUGCUACUAGCAUUGAGGCUGAAAACCACAUCUGGUUACUAAAACCUUAGCAUAUGUUCUGAUCAGAGCCAGUGGUCACUGUUCGUCUUCUCAGUUUUGAGAAAUUAUGGGUUAUUUCCCCUGUACAACCACUGUUCUUUGGCCAGAGAUGGUGUAGAGUGCAACAAUCUAGUCAUUCUUUUUAUUGUUAGAGGUGAAGAGAAAUUUUAUUAGGUGACCCAUGAUGUCAAAUCUUGGUUGCUUUUUUUUUUUUGUUUUUUUGUUUGAUAGAAUGAAUGCUUAUCUGAGGUAAGGUGGGAUGAUAGAUGUACUUUUUUAAUUGUCAAAUCUCUGAUGUCAUUGAUCUGCAAGAGUUUGUGUUCUGGCCAUGUUUUAACAUAGCCUGGAGAUGUUUAAGGACAACAAAUGUAUAUAACAUGUAAAUUUCUUGUUAACACUUAAAAGAAAUUUAUUCAGAAUCUGAAAUAUGUAUAUAAAAGUUGUAUAUAGCUUGCAGCAGAAUCUAUUUGUGUUUACUGACCUAUUAGAUGCUGCAACAAAAAUAUAUGGACAGUUACUGACUUUUUUGAGCUCUACAAAUCAGAUUUUUAAAAAGAAAUGUCAACUUAUCCAUGCAUCGCAGUGGAUAAUUGAUUACUUUUGCGAAAUGUCUGAAGGACAACUUGAUGCCAGAGUGGAAAUGACAUAAGCUGACUGUCCAUUGUGUCAGUAACAGCCUGUUUCAAGGUUGAACCUAGUUGAACGUGUUAAAACUGUUGAUGGUUUUUUUUUCUGCAACAAGGGCACUAUGAUGUUAAAAGACAAUCUGAUUUUUUUUUAAAUUGCACAAAUUUACAAAACUAAUAUGGGCAAAGUGUUAAUCUGUAGCCAGCCAUCUUCAAAUUUCAAAUUGUAGAAAAUUUACACUGCAGUCACCAUCUUAUACCAGUGUGAAGGUUUAGAAAUUACACAAAUAAUUGGUAGUUUGGUUAUUUCAUCAUAUUUUGCAAACUGCCUCUCCCCUGUACAUGUUGUACUGAAAAGCAAAUGAUACAGGGACUCUGUAUGGAUACAGUAUGUGCGGUUAUGAAGGACCAGAAGUGUUUAGUUUUUGAGCUGCUGCUUAACAUUUUUUAUCUUAAUGUAUGCACACCAGAUAGAAAUUAUCUGCCUGUCUCUUAUGUUAAUUGCAUUCAAAAGUACUUGAGCAGUUUAUGACAGAUCAUGACAUAUAUAUAUAUCUGAAAUAGUUUGGAUUUGGUUUAUCAAGAGCACUCUAUGUCAGCUUUGCCAGUGUCCCUUGACUGUGAAUAAAUACUAUGUUAACCGAAAGCAAUACAUUGGCUGAUACAGGCAUAACAAUAUAUGCAAACAUUUUUAUGUUGUAACUUGUGGAUCAAUGUUGCAAAUAUUUUGUCAGCACAGUUGUUUACAUUUUCACAGAGAAGUGCUUAUGUGAUUACAGAACUAGUGGUUUACUUUCAAAGGAAAACAGUUCUCAAGGAAAGGAGAUUCAUAUUUUUGGUGCAGGAAUCUGUGUGCUCAUUUAUUUUAGUCCGAAAAUGUGGGACAUAGAUGUGCAUAAAGUAUGUGUUCACUAUAUGUUUCUUAUUCCCUUACUUGCACUACACCUCCCAGCACACACUCUCACUCACACACACACUUUCAUUGGUUGACAUUACUUGUAACCUGAGAUCACAUUCACAUCUUUAAAUAUGGAAAAGUAGGAAGCUGCCAUUUAUUUGUAAUGUCUCUGGUUGCCAAAUAUCUCCACGUAUACUAUAAACUUAGCUUCUGCAACUGAGAAAAUCCUUAUAUCUAUUUUAUCAUCAUGCUGUAUAGUAUUCAUAUGUAAUCAGUGUGCAAUAGAAUGUUCUGUCCUGUGUUCUUGUUAUUUUAAUGCUGUGAUAACUGCUUUAUAAUGGAGAUCUACUUUCUGUUAGUUGUGCAGGCCUGUGAUGGUAGGUGUUUGUGAUUGGUGAAAAACAUUUGGGUACUUUACAUUUAUGCUUGUGUGACUGCUCCUCUCAAGUUUUUCAGUUUUGGAGAGUGCAUGGUGGCAGGUGGAAGAUUUCAGAAAGUGAUGAAGGGACUGUGCACAUCUUUCAUCCUAGAUACCCAUUUUACAUUGUGACUGUUUAAUAUUGUUUACCAUUACUGAGCAUUUUUGUUUUAUUAGUCGACUUCCUUUCUCUUUUGUAUUCUUGUGCCUUUGCUUUGCUUUUCCUUUAAUUUUGUUAUAAUUCUAAGCCUCUUGACAGAUUGAUUUUCUGCGAAGGUAAAUAACUUGGCUUACAGGAACCUCAUGAGAUAUCUAAAGAAAUAGACGUGUUCUUUUUCAGAUGCCCCAUCUUUUACUGAAAAUGCUCAAGUCUGUUGCCUAUAUGGCGGGAGAGGUAGAAGGAAAGGGGGUUGGCACCUUCGUGUGAUGGUCAGGUCACUUGGCUUCGGAGAUGAAGAUUGCCAAUUCAAAACUUGCCUGAAGCCUGUAACAGGAAAACUGUUUCUAUGCUGCCCACCCAGCACUUAUCAGUGAAGGUAAAGGACUGCAAAAGAGGGUUGGGUUCUACCUUUCAGAUGCUGCUCUUGUGAUGGUGAACUAUUUACGGUGAACUGCCCCUGCAACCAGGAGGCUAUGGGACCCUCCACCUUUUAUGAAGUAUCCUAGCCUAAUGGCUGAGGUAAUGCACUUCAGCCAGUUUGAUACUCGUGUGAUGCACUGUUCAGCCACCUGUGGUGAGGGUACCCGACUCCUUAGAGUGCUAGGGAAGGUAAGGCAGUGAGGGCAAGAGUCCAUGUCUAUCUUGAUUUUUAUCAACUCAACUUUGAGUUCAAACUUAUUUUAUUAUAGCCUUCUUCAUUUUACCCAGAGACAAGUUUCUAGAAUCUGUAUUUAGUGUGCAAGAUUCAGCAUUCUGCCACUGUUAGUGAAAUAGUAAAGGCAUCUCCUUUUUGUUAUAAUGCUUUGGCACAUGAAGGUUUUCUAUUUAAAUACAUCCCAUAAGUGAUUUUAGGGCUCUGUACAUCUGAAUACCUGUUGCCAGCAGCUGUUUUGUGUGUAAACAUUACUGACUUGUUAUUAGCUUGAGUGAUUUUAUGUCAAAAGUAGCUCAAAAUUCUCAUCUUAGUGUUGUAACUGUAGUGUGCAUCUUUCCUAGUAGUGGUGAACUAAACCAUAAUCAGGUCACACAGUGUACAUAAAUGUGCCCCCUCCCUAUGAUGGCAUGAAUACAAUUAGGUACAGGUAUGCAUGUAUGCAUCAUUAAUUACAUAGUGGAUAUUUGUGAGAACCUGUAGCCAGGAGAGUGUGUGUGCAACAUGGGAAUCCAUGCAUGAUCGUGUAUCCUGUAGGGGUGUUUGUGUAGGUUUCUCUUUUCACUGAGCUACUUAUCUUGGCACAGGCUUGAUUGUUUUCUGCAUGUCACCUUUCUAGUUUUGUCUUGUGCCUCUUACCAAUUACUUAUUUAGUACUCCUUAAAUUCGAACUAACCACCUAUUUUAUGGUGGACCUGAUCAUGCAGCCUCCAACUUGUGUGGAAAUCAAAGUGUGCCUCCUGUGUACUGUUUUGGUAUGUAUUGAAUGCAAAACUUGGGAUGUUUGGGUUUACUGCAUCAUGUAACCAGCAUGGUGUGCAGCCAGUGUUUUGUUUUGGUUUUUUUGGUUGGGGGGAGGAUCUAUUUAUUGGAAGUACUGCAUUUUCACAUAGUGAUUUAACUUUAAGGAUGAAUUUGAUAGGUUUCUUUAGCAGAAAUUAUAUGUAUAUGAUAUACACAAAACGUGCAGGCAAUGUGUAACAUCGACUGUCUUCAGAAAUUCGUCAUACUUUGCCUAUUUCUUGCAUGCAACCAUUACAGUAUGUUCAUAUUUCAAGUUGACCCAGCUGUAGUGUGGGUACCUGACUCCUUAGAAGCUUGGGGAAGGUAAGGCAGAGAGGGAGGCCAUAGGCAUUGCCCUCACAAAAGCUGCCCCCAAGAAUGGUGCGAUGUCACUCCACAAAAACUGAAAGGUUAGGGCAGACCUGGGCAAAGUCCGGCCCGCAGGCCACAUCCGGCCCGCCAUCCAGUAUAUAUAUAUACAGUAUUGGGUAAAACCGAGUUAACUAUAUUAGUCCAGCCCUCUAAAACCAUCCCAAUUUCUCAUGCGGCCCCCUGGGAAAAUUAAUUGCCCACCCCUGGGUUAGGGAAUGAAUCCUUAAUGCCGUGAUAGUCUUUUUUUUUUUCUUUCCUUUUUCUUUUUAUUUGGUUCCUUUUUCUUUUUAUUUGGGAUGGGCAGGAGUUUUUAGUGCAACAUGUUUGAGAGAACAAGCAUCUUUUUGGAAGGUGAUUCACUCUGUAUAUAUAUCAAAAGAUCUAAGGAGCAUACCUAUUGCUACAGUGUGAAAGCAGUGUUUUGUACAUUUCAUUUUAUUUAUGCAUAUAUAUUACAUGUAACAUGCAAAGUAUUUCCAGAUCUGUUAUUCUUUCUGUAUGUUGCUUAGAUUGUUGCCAUGUAUGUUGUGCUGCACUCUUUGUUGCACCAACCUGGAAAGGGGAGAAAGCAUCACACAUUCCCUGUCUUGUUUUCAUUCUGGUAUUGUUUACAGAUUAUGAUGUGCAUUGUUAAAUGUCUGAACCCUGUGAAUAAAUUCUGAAGUAGAG